AUGGCGCCCGGAGCAUUGAUCGAUUCACCGCGCUCUUCGACAUCUGUUCCGGCAGAGCGAAGAUUGCCAGUCACUCUGCUCAGCGGUUUUCUCGGUGCUGGUAAAACCACGCUUCUAGAACAUAUUCUCACCUCUCCAGAUCAUGGACUGCGAAUUGGUGUCAUCGUCAACGAUGUGGGCGCGCUCAACAUCGAUGCUGCGUUGUUGUCAACUCAUGACGUGACACGGAAAGAAGAGCAAGUUGUCUCUAUGCAGAACGGCUGCAUCUGCUGCACUCUUCGUGGUGACCUGCUAGAAGAAGUUGCUCGACUUGCUGAAGAUCGACAAGUGGACUACCUCGUCAUUGAGAGCUCCGGUGUCAGUGAGCCGAUGCAAGUCGCCGAGACUUUUUCGGACGAAUUCGCCGACAUGCACAUUGCUACUGGCCAUGAUCUAGAGGCGGAGGGCCAAGAAACCAAUAAGAAAGUUGCCGAGAUUCUUAAGUCGGGUGGUCUGUCCAAAGUGGCUCGACUGGAUACUUGUGUCACCGUCGUCGAUGCAGUCAACUUCAUGGAUGACUUUGCUACUCCCGACUUCCUUCAAGACCGCCAGGCAGAUGUGCCGGAAGAGGACGAGAGAAACAUCUCAGAUCUCCAGGUUGAUCAAGUUGAAUUUGCGGAUGUCCUGAUCAUCAACAAAUGCGACAUGGUCUCCGAAAGUGAAGUCAAGCGAAUUACCGGCGUGAUCAAGAAGCUGAAUCCUGAUGCCAAGGUCUUGACAACUGUCAAGUCUCGCCUCGAUCUCAAAGAGAUACUUGAUACGCACUUGUUUUCUUAUAGCAAAGCAGUCUUGUCGCCUGGCUGGCUGAAGAGUAUCAACGAAGAGAUCAAUCCCGAGACAGAGGAAUAUGGCAUUGGAACAUUCGUAUACCGUGCUCGUCGCCCGUUCCAUCCUGAAAGGCUUUGGGAGACAAUCAAGGAUGUCUUCGUAGUCAUUCAGGAGGAAUGGGUACCGGAUGAGGGCGAAGACGAGGAGAGCGAUGACGGCACCGAGGAAGACGACGAGUGGGAGGAUGAAAUGCAGGUCGAUCAAGAAAAGCAGCAACCUCAACUCGAUGCCAAGGCUAGGCUGGCAUCAAAACUACAGAACAAGACCUUCGGCCCCCUAUUGCGUUCCAAGGGCUUUCUGUGGUUGGCAACGCGGCCCCGAAUGUUUGGCGAAUGGUCACAAGCCGGCGUCAUGCUUACUAUCAGCGGGGGUGGGCUCUGGCGCUGCGAGGCACCAGAACAUGAAUGGCCUACAAGUGCCGUCGAGCGAGAGGCCAUCAUGAAGGAUUACGAAGGUCGAUGGAAGGACCGCAGGCAAGAGAUCGUCUUCAUUGGACAACAGAUGCGAACAGGAGCAGAAGACCGCCUCCGAGCAGCUCUUGAUGGUUGCUUACUCGAUGACAAGGAGUUCCGCGCAUGGGAGAGAGCCAUGACUUCGAAGAAGCCACAGGAGAGGUUGGACAGCCUUUUCGACGAUGGAUUUGAGGAUUGGCCCGAGGAUUCCCACGCAGGUCAUGAUCACGAUCAUGAGGGCCACCACCAUUGA